AUGGGCAUCAAAAUUCUCUUUUACAUUCUUUUCAUGAUUUCACUGGGUCACUCAUCCAUAUCCAAAUCUGUUAAUAAUAAGAAACCAUCCGGUCUCACUCUUAACCUCAUUCACAGAGACUCUAUUGAAUCAAACAACCUUACUCGCAUUGAAAAAUUCGGAAAAAUGAUUCAUCGUUCACACAUGCGAGCUAAUCAUUUGAUGAGUUAUUCAACAGCUUCUACAUCUCAACAUCACCCUGCAUUUUUAUACCAAUCAUCGAAUUACUUAGUAGUUCUUUCAGUUGGUACACCUCCAUCGGAGGACUCUCAGUACCUGAUUUUAGAUACCGCUGCUGAACUUACUUGGCUUCAAUGUGAUGGUUGCAUUGGCUGUUUUAAUCAAAAAGAACGUCUGUAUGAUCCUCAUCAUUCUGAUACAUACAAAUUGCUUCCUUGUGAUCACCCAUUGUGUGUAUCUUAUGAAUGUAAUCAUGAUCAUUGCAAAUUCAAAGAAUGGGAUAGUCCGAAUGUGCAUGUUGAAGGAUUUAUGGGGACAGAUUCUUUUGGGUUCACGGGUAAUGUAAGUGGAGGUCAAGUUCAUACUGUUCUAAACGACGUUGUGUUUGGUUGUGCAUAUGGAACCGUCGGUUUUGGCAUCCGAGAUAAUCCCGAUAACGAUAUCAAUGGUGUAUUCGCUUUAGGCCCGGGUCCUCGUUCAUUCACUUCUCAGUUUGCUCCUCAGCAACGUUUUGCCUAUUGUUUAGCAGAUUGGCAUUUUGGACCCCCUCAAUAUCCAGGCAAAUUGGAGUUGGGGGAUGAAGCACUACUUUCCGUCAGUGGCUAUGUUCAAACAACUCCGAUUGUGGAGACAGAUGCCAGAAGAUAUUUCUUGAAGUUGGCGGAUAUUCAAAUAGAUUCAAAAUGUUUAGGUAUUGAACGGGGUAAAUUCGACCGUGUAAGUGGUCAAGGUGGCUUUAUUAUAGAUUCUGGAACGGCGAUUAGUUUCUUCACCAAUGAAGUCUAUGAUAGUUUGAGAUCAAAUUUUCUUGCUUAUAUGAAAGAUCUUGGCUUAUCAGAGAUGGAUGCAACACCAUACCACUUGGAUCUGUGUUGGCAUAUGCCAAAUGGUUUCCCAAUCCCAGGUAAACUCCCAUCGAUGAUAUUAUAUUUACAAGAUAAUGAGUACCCAGAUACUGCAGCUGAUUGCUUUAACCAAGCAGGAGCUCAGCUUGUAAUCGAUCCUCUUGGUCUUUUUUUUAUCGAAGAGAAGGAAGAUCCUCGUUUAUGUCUUGGGAUUAUGCGUAAUAAUGGUACAGAUCCUGCACUAAACAUUUUGGGAGCCAAGCAACAAACUAAUAACAAGUUCUCGUUCGAUGGAACGAAUAAGACACUCUCGUGGAGGAAAUGGGGUUGCUAA